AUGGCUUCAAAGGAAGGAGAUAAAACUAAAUCAAGUCAAGGUGGUGGCGACAAUAAAGAGAAACGUAGAAAAGAAUCUAUUUUAGAUUUAAGCAAAUAUCUCGAGAAAUGUAUUCGUGUUAAAUUCGCUGGCGGACGAGAAGCGGCGGGAAUUCUUAAAGGAUACGAUCCUCUAUUAAACUUAGUGUUAGACAAUACAACAGAAUUCCUUAGAGAUCCAGAUGAUCCAUAUAAGCUUGUGGAUGAUACAAGGGCAUUAGGGCUUGUUGUGUGCCGAGGGACUUCUGUAGUAUUAAUAUGUCCAAUGGAUGGAAUGGAGGCAAUACCAAACCCUUUUAUAACGCAAGAGUGA